AUGCAACGUCUACUUUCUCGACGAGCUCUGGCGGCUGGCCUGCGAGGGCUCACCGUGCCCCAUGCCGCCGCGCCUUGCGCGGUUCGAGGGCAUCCGACGGUGCAGGUGUCGAGGGGCUUCUCCUGGACUGUGUCGAGGUGGAUGGAGGAAAACGAGAAGAAGGAUGAGAGGAAAUGGUCCACGCCGCUAGCAAAACAGUUGGCCGAGGCCAUUUCGAUGACUGGCCCUGUUCCCCUUGCGAGCUAUAUGCGCAUGUGUUUGACUGGCGAUAUCGACGGAUACUACACGGGCCUGGCUGAGGAGAACAGGGACCAGUUCGGUUUGAAGGGUGACUUUAUCACUUCGCCUGAGAUCUCCCAGAUAUUCGGCGAGCUGAUUGGCAUCUGGUUCGUCACGGAGUGGUUGAGCCAGGGGAAGCCCAAACGAGGCGUGGAGCUCAUCGAGGUCGGCCCCGGACGCGGUACACUGAUGGACGAUAUGCUUCGUGCAAUCCAGAACUUCAAAGACCUGGCGCAGAGUAUCGACGCUAUCUACAUGGUAGAGGCGAGCCCCCAGCUGCGCGAGACGCAGAAGAACCUCCUCUGUGGCCUUGACGCGCCCAUGACUGAGUCCAAGGUUGGCUACCACAGUGUUUGCAAAUACACAAACGGUCCCAUCGUCUGGACUGAGACCGUCAAGUCCAUCCCGCAGAGCCCUGAGAAGAUGCCCUUCAUCGUAGCGCACGAGUUCUUCGAUGCUCUCCCCAUUCACGUCUUCCAGGCCGUGACCGUCCCUCCUCCACUACCCAAGGAGCCGGCCCCAAGAACUCCUGUUUCCAAUAGACCUUCCCCUUCUGGUGAGACUAAGGGGCCCAAGGAGCCCACCGUCGAGUGGCGCGAGAUGCUCGUCUCCCCGACCCCGCCAGACGCAGCACAUGCGACUAUGAACAUUCCUAAAUCCGAGCAGGGCGACCCGAUUCCUGAUUUCCAGAUGACGCUCUCUUCGGGUCCCACUCGCCACUCGCGGUACCUCCCCGAUACCUCGUCCCGCUACCGCCGCCUCAAGGCCACGGUCCCCAACGCCGUCAUCGAGGUUUGCCCGGACGCCUCGCUCUAUGCCGUCGACUUCGCCAGCCGCAUCGGCGGCUCCGCGAAGCACCCCAAACCUCGGCCCUCGGGUGCCGCGCUGAUCCUCGACUAUGGCACGUCCGAAACCGUCCCCAUCAACUCGCUCCGGGGCAUCCGCCGCCAUCGUCGCGUCAGCCCCUUUUCCAAGCCUGGUCUCGUGGACCUGAGCGCGGAUGUCGACUUCACCGCCAUCGCGGAGGAGGCGAUGCGCGCGACUGAGGGCAUCGAGGUCCACGGCCCUGUCGAACAGGGCGCGUUUCUGAGCCAGAUGGGCAUCAAGCAGCGUGCCGAGGUGCUCGCCCAGCUGCUCAGAGAUAAACACCAAUUCAAAAAGGCACAGGCCAUCAAUGAGGCCUGUGAGCGCCUCGUCGACCGCGGCCGCGGCGGAAUGGGCAAGGUCUACAAGGCCAUGGCGAUCCUGCCUGAGAAUAGCGGAUUGCGACGACCCGUCGGCUUCGGCGGCGAUAUAUAA